GAUUGAAUUAUUCCUCCGGUGUUAGUACAAAUAUCAAUAUUUCAUUUACAAAUCCUGCAAAAGAAGGAGAUGUUUUAUUCAUAGAAGCAGAAUGUAUAAAAUUUGGCAAGGCUAUGGGAUUUGCUGAUAUAAAAAUAUAUAACAAAGAUACUAAAAA